AUUGCGACACGGUCGGCCCUUCCACGCUUCGGGAGAUAGUUCCUGUCAAGUCCUACUUGUGCCCCGUCUGCGAGUUCGAGGGCUCGAGCUUGAACGAUUUGUGCGAUCACUUGUGCACUCACCUUCCAUUUCGCCCUCGCGAGUUUACCGUACCAGAGCAGAGGCGGGAUGGCAUCGCAGGGCGUCGUGGCGCUACCCUCUUGGUUCAGCUCCCCGUCGGCGGCGGCGUCAGGGACCAAGCACGGACGAGAAGACGGUGGAACAGGCGAGGACGGUCGCCGAGGGAAGAGCAGCCGCCAAGGCCAGGGCGGUGGAGGAAACAACAAGCUGGCCGUCGCCAGCGCCCGCCUCACGAUGACGCUCGCCAGGGACGUCGCCGACCUGAAGGGCGCGCUCUACCUUCGCCACGAGUUGCCGAACGGCACGAUCGGGCUGGCGGCCGCGUGCAAGCAGGCUGGAGUGAAUUACAACAAGGUGAGCGCCGAACUCAAAGACCAGCAGAAGAACGGCCACACGGUGGACUUCAAAGCCAGGGGACCUCCACACGUAUCCAUAGCGAUGGCGGCGAUCAUCUACGGCGCCAGCAAACAGUUCGAAGAAGGUGGCAACCCGCAGCACGUCAAACUCAGGGACGACACGAAGGCCUACUACGAGAAGGAGAUAUCCACCGCGGGAGUGACGGCAGCGAAGCUUGGCAGGUCGAUCCCGUACUUCAGGAGCCUGAUUCUCAAGCCUCAGAACGGCGAGACCGCCAAGGCGAUCAUCAGCAUGUGCUUCCACAGGGACCAGAAGCUCGGGCACGACCUAUCCCUGCUGCUCGGGGCGCUGGUGGAGUCGGAGGGGGGGAUCUUCUUGUCGGGAGCGGCCCCUCGGGGCCCCUUGGAGCGCGAGAUCGGCACGAUGGUCGGCUCCGAGAAGAAGGAGUAGGCAGCAAGCCCCCAGGAGACCCUCCCAGAGAAGCAGUAGCUAGCCAGCCCUCGUCGGGACCUUUUUCUGAAGCAGGUAUUUCGUCUUAUUCGAAUAGGACGAAACUAGGUAGUGACAGCGCAAUUCAGCAGCAGCAGCCAAGCCAGCAGCCCCCUGUCGGGGCUAUGCGCAUUUUUUAUAAAACAUUUUUUUUUAUAUAAAAAAACAAAAAAAUCCAGGGCCUCCAGGGCUCAGGAAGCUUUUUCGGGAAGCGAGCGAUUUCGGGAGUUAGUUGCUAGAGGUUCAAUUUCACCUGAGGUGCUGAAUACGCCCACUCAGCUCUGUACCUAUGCCGCUGCCUCCUCUCUUCCAGGCCCGCUGCCCCAGACCCCAAUUAUAUAUGCCCUUAGAGCUAAAGGUAAAGCGGGCUCCAAAGGCAAGGG